CCGUGACGCCUACCGGAAGAGACGCUCUGCAGUGUGUUUUCUGCUCCUCAACAGCAUUGCGAAACCUCUCCACUUCUAUCGGUCUUUAAAUGUAAAUUUUCUCUUAUUUUGUAUUUUUAUGGUGAAGGAUGUGGCGCUGAUGUAACACAGAUGUGUUUGCAGUUUGGAUGACCGCGUUUUUCCGCGCUUUUGUGAUGUGUUGGCGAUGAUCAGAUGAUGGCGCCUUCUAAGAUGAAGUUGCGUUCGAGGACGAGAGACAGUGCUGGGAAAUCUUCUCAACGUUUAUUAGCCAACGCUUCGCCUGAUUCCAAAUGCCCCAUCUGCCUCGACCGCUUCAAAAACGUGGCGUCGCUGGACCGCUGCCUGCAUCAGUUCUGUUUCCGCUGCAUCCACGAGUGGUCCAAGAACAAAGCCGAGUGUCCGCUCUGUAAGCAGCGCUUCCACUCCAUAUUCCACUCCGUCAAAGGGGAAAACGACUUUAAGGAGUUCGUGGUGCGGCCUCCGGAGAACGGUGCGCCUGCGAACACCGAUCCACCUGAGCGUGUGCUCCGCCCUCGAGUCCUCAGACGCAGAGAGAGGCGGAGCCACAGAGCGCAAACCCCCGGCCCUACUACGUCGCCUCCACUGGAAGAUGACAUCAUGUUCGACGGCCUGAUGGAUGCAGCGGCGCUCGCACAGAACCAAGACAUGCUGCGAUUAACAGUGCGCAGACAUGGGCGGGGCGAGGGGCGGAGCCUGCGGCGCUUGUGCGACCAAGACGUUGUCGCAUUCCGCCGCGCACUUUACAGGACUGGCAUACGCGUGCGUAACUCAGGAGACGCUGGCAUGCGAAGGGACAUUUCCGCAUCUUUUUUGCGACAAAACCCUGGCUGUCUUCGACGACUGUUGCCUUGGCUACAGCGGGAACUCACCGUUUUGUACGGUUCACACGGCUCACUGGUGAACAUCGUGCAGAACAUCAUCAUCUCGCGCAUCAUGAACUACAACAUGGAGGACAUGGCCAUCCGAGACGAGCUCCGCCCCUUCCUGCUGGCACGCACCGACCACUUCCUGCAUGAGCUGGUGAGCUUCGCCCGCUCCACCCUUAAUAUGGAGGAGUACGACCAGCAGGCCGUUUACGACUGUCCCGCGCCCAGCUACGAGGAGGGCAGUAGCUCGGACCUUACUGUUAUCGCCAUCUCCGAGGAUGAUGAUGAUAAUGAUAGUGAGGACAAUGUCACGGAGAAUCCCUCUGCUGUCCAGGAACGCCUUGCAUCCGUUGCCACAGCAAGUGGAGCGGAUAGUUUGCCAAGUCAGUCCGCGUGGGAUGAUGAGACGCCUGGUCCGUCCUAUUCAACCCUCCUCCCCUCUUCCAGCCUAUCACAGGGUGAGGGGGCGGAGCCAAGCUCAAGCACAGCCCCUCCCCUCAGUGCCCUCAACACGACUGACCCUGUGGCAAGUGUCGGCGUGUCAGCCAGACCGGAUGAAGAUGAUAUAGAGGAAGAGUGCCUAAUUGUGGGAUACGUGAAACCGAUGGCUGAACGGACCCCUGAACUUGUUCAGCUCUCCUCAGAUUCAUCUGAAGAAGAGCAAGAGCCAGCCGCCACCGAGACAGCGGCCUCAGUAAUGAAAUCAGAGGAAUUCCAAGUGCAGCUCCCGUCACAGUCCCACAUGAACCCAAUUAGUCCUAAUUCCUUCCCAAGCCCUGCUCCCUUGUGCAGUCCACAGCAUUUACUUCCGGAUGGAGUCAGGUCACCGAGUAAAGAACAAGAGGCCAACUACUUGUCCUUCCAUGGUCACCAGUCCAAAGAUGGUUCACAGUCACAUUCACAUGAUGACUCCAGCUUCAGAGGUAACCAGAGGCACAGAAGUCAUCGGCGCUCUGGCAGCAAAGAGAAGGACAAGAGUUCAGAUCAAUCACGGCCAGUCAAGACCCCAGAUUGCUCGCCAAGCCAAACACGGAGCUGGACACAAAGCCCAACGGUGUCCAUUUGGAGUGGCAGCCCCGCAUCUAAGUCACACAGUAGUGGCUGCUCUCCUUCUCAAAACAACAGCGACAGAAGUGGAGAGCAUUCGCGCCAUUCAAGAGAGAAAUUCUCGCACUCUCCUUCCUACUCAAAAAGGAGAAAAAACAAGGAAAGGAGGAUUAGGUCUCCUGACUCACCUGAUUCGUUCCUUGGCUCUCACCAUCCCUGUGAGGCAAAGCAUUGUCGUAAACGCUGUAGGCGGUCGGUCAGCAGCAGUAGCGCUGAUUUGCACUCUGAAAGAUCCUGCAUGGACAAACCCAGUGGUAAACGCAAGUACAAAACCCGGCACUUGGAGCGAGCAGCCCAGCGGCGGCACAAGGAGAGAACCACAACCAAGGAAAAAAAGCGGAACCGAGAACGGCGACCCAGCAGGGAACGAUCUCCAAGUGUGGAGAUCAUCUACGAACAAAGGGCGCCUGACACAGACUGGAUCCAGCGGAGGAAGAAGAAGCACCGGAAGCGAAGGAGGGAACUGCGUUCUCCCACUGUGAUCACGAUAGAUAGUGACAGCGACCGUACCAUCGACUGUCUGGACCGCGUCUUGGAUGUUUUAGACCACACCGCUGCUGAUACUGAGCAAAGGGUUGCGAGUCCUGAGCAAGAUUCCAUCCAGAAUGCAAGUUGUACCUUGGACUCUUCAAAUCCUCUCUCUGAGCCAUCGAGUCCCGUAGGCCGCAGUGACCCAACCACUGAACGCACACUAAACCUAGACAACUGUGUGGUGAAUGUAGUCGACAACAGUAGUUCUGACUGCUCCCGAAAUAUAAGUGAAGGUAGCCACGAAGAGUUUAUGUCCGACCCUUUCACAGGGGCCUCGAUGAUAACAACCCCACCUUCGGACAUGAGGCUGCUGGAAACCAUACUGCAAGAUCUUGUGGAUUUCCUACCGGGGACAGAGUAGGAAAUGGGGCAGAGUCCUCCCGGCCAACGGGAACCCAGUUCUAGCCAACCAAAAGACCAAUCAGUGAUGAGAGGAGAUGGCAAAAAUUUUGAGAAUGAGAACACCGAUGGCGACCAACACUGCUAACUAAAACUAAAAUAGACUUUUUCUUACAGACAAAAGCUUGUCUGAUGCUUAUCUGAAUCGCUCGGUCUCUAGACGUUUUUAUAAACUCAUUUAAAGUUUGUAUUAUUGCUGGAAAUGGAUGCUUUGGAAACAUUAAGAUAAUGUUUUUUGUCAAUUUGAACAUCAUUAUUAUUAUUCAUGUUGUAUUUAUAGUCAUAGUGAUCCUUUUCCUUGAAUCUGGUGCUUAAUCACUGUGCCACAACUCAACGACGAUCAUGUCUGGAUGGCAACUCUUUUCCACUAUCCAUAACCCUAGAAGAAACAAAUGCAUGGGAGUUACUAUCUAGACUAGUGGUUCUCCGCUUGUUUGCUUCAAGACCGAGAUUGUUUGACAAGGAAAUAUAUAGGAAAUGUUAUUUUGCUAUCUUAAACUCUCAGAAAAAAAUGUGCUAAACUUGUAUCUUUAGAUGUAAAACAGAUUGUCACUGGGGCAGUCCCAGUACCUUAAAGGUGACGUAUCAUGAAAAUUUUACUUUUCCAGGUUUUAAGUGCUAUGAACAGGUCCCCGGUGCAUCUACCAACCAAGGAAACGUGAAAACGAUUAACCCAGUAACUUUGUUGUGGUAAGCCUUUUUCUGCGAGGCUCUGAAAAAUCGAGCAUGUCUGAUUUCGCUCCCUUAGUUAUUACCACUAAAAGUACUAAUAUGUGACUUCUAGGGGUAAAUAAAGUACAUAGUUGCCCAAGCUAUUUUACCUCUAAAGGGAAAAUUUUGCAGGUUUUUCUGAUUGUGUACAAAAUUAUGCCGUUAUUUGCAUUUAGCAUUGUUUCUUCCUCUUCUGAUACCUGUGACCGAUUCUGAAUCAUGACCCACCGGAUGAGAACCACUGAUCAUUCAUUAUUCAGCCCCAUUGAGCUUGGAGAACUGUGUCUUUGUUAAACUCAGGGAACAGGUGACGCCUCCAUUCCUCCGUUGCACAGUAUGUGUGAAUGUGCUGGUGCGUGUGGGACUAUAGGGACACCCUGGAGAUAUAAUAAUUCACGGAUCAUGUCUACUGAACACACAUCAAGCCUUCUUUACAACAGCUGUCUGUCAUGUCAGCCAAAAAUCAAUAAAUGCAUUUAAUAGAUGUAUAA